AUGCGCUCUUCGCCUGCAUUGCGCAUUAUCCGCGCCGGCCGCUUUCGGCGCGCCGCUGCGACAUGGGACGGCCGGCGCGGGUUACCGCCACAGCCACGGCCUCUGCCCCAGGGUGGCCUAGAGCUCGCACUUGGCACCUCCGAGCGCCGCCUGCAGCGCAGCGCUCGAGCCUUCCUUCAGCAUCAGGGUUUCGUCUUAACCGGGUUUCUGCUGUUUCUCUCCCAGGAUCGCCACGACGCGAGCAGCAAUGGGAACCCGCGGAUCCCCCACCUGUCUUCUGCCGGACAACACCUCUACAGCCCCGCGCCUCCUCUCUCGCACACCGGGGUUGCAGAGUAUCAGCCGCCCCCCUACUUCCCGCCGCCGUACCAGCAGCUGGCAUACUCGCAGUCCGCGGACCCCUACUCGCACCUGGGAGAGGCUUACGCUGCAGCCAUCAAUCCCCUGCACCAGCCUGCGCCCACCGGCAGCCAGCAGCAGGCCUGGCCGGGUCGACAGAGCCAGGAGGGCGCUAGCCUGGCCUCGCACCACGGCCGCCCUGCUGGCCUGAUACCCCACAUUUCAGGGCUGGAAGGGGGUGCGGUGAGUGCCCGGCGGGAAGCCUACCGCCGAUCUGACCUGCUGCUGCCUCAUGCGCACGCCCUGGAAGCCGCCGGCCUGGCAGAAAACCUGGGGCUGCAUGACAUGGCUCACCCCAUUGAAGAGAAUGUGGACGACCCGCACCUGCUUCUACACGAUCAGACUGUCAUUCGCAAAGGACCCAUUUCAAUGACCAAGAACCCUUUGGGCCUCCCGUGCCAGAAGGACCUGGUGGGAGCAGUCAUGAACCCCAGUGAGGUCUUCUGCUCGGUGCCUGGAAGACUGUCCCUGCUCAGCUCCACAUCUAAAUACAAAGUGACGGUGGCUGAGGUACAGAGGCGACUGUCACCACCCGAAUGCCUAAAUGCCUCGCUCCUGGGAGGUGUGCUCAGAAGAGCAAAAUCCAAAAAUGGAGGCCGGUCCCUGCGGGAAAAGUUGGACAAAAUUGGGUUGAACCUUCCAGCUGGGAGACGGAAAGCUGCCCAUGUCACUCUGCUCACGUCUCUCGUGGAAGGUGAAGCCGUCCACUUGGCCCGGGACUUUGCCUAUGUGUGUGAGGCUGAGUUCCCCAGUAAACCAGUGGCUGACUAUUUAACCAGACCUCAUCUUGGGGGACGAAAUGAGAUGGCCACCAGGAAGAGUAUGCUGCUGGCAGCACAGCAAGUGUGCAAAGAAUUCACAGACCUUCUCGGUCAAGACCGAACACCCAACGGGAACAACAGGCCGGCCCCGAUCUUGGAGACCAACAUACAAAACUGCUUGUCUCAUUUCAGUCUGAUAACUCACGGCUUUGGCAGCCAGGCCAUCUGCGCCGCGGUAUCCGCGGUGCAGAAUUACAUCAAGGAGGCUCUGAUUACCAUUGACAAGUCCUAUAUGAACCCUGGAGACCAGAGUCCUGCGGAUUCCAACAAGGCGAUGGAGAAAAUAGAAAAGCACCGGAAAUAAAGUGGGGUGCAUGGAGGCCAGAGCAGAAAGGGAGAGGACUGAAGCCCCCUUCACUGGGGCAACCUGGGAAGCACCAGCCUGGGGCAAGCAGUUGCCAUCCACCUCACCCUGGACUUGCCUUGGAGUUUUUGUGACUUUUCUAUUUUUUUUUUUUGAAACAGGGUUUCUCUGUGUAACUGCGCCUUUCCUGGAACUCGCUUUGUAGACCAGGCUGGCCUUGAACUCACAGAGAUCCGCCUGCCUCUGCCUCCAGAGUGCUGGGAUUAGAGGCGUGUGCCACCACCGCCUGGCGUGACUUUUCUAUUUAACCCUGGACAUACUAUCCCGAAGCAAUUUGGUUUGGUUGUUUUACUCAUUAAACAUUUAUUUUUUUGAAAUCCAUUCCCUCUCUGAAAGGUGCUAUAAGUUUUGGAAUCCCUUUGUGAAAUCCUCCUGGGCUAAUGAGAAACCCCACACUGAGCUGCUGACGGGGCAGAUGGAUGGGAGAUAAAGGGAUCAAUCAUAACUUAUUUUUUUCUGUGUUAAGAUAAUGUCUGGCUUUUAUGUCACUAAAAUAUUUAUCUAAAAAAUUAGUAUUUAUCUAGCUUUCCCUGCCCCUCAGUGAUCACACCUUCUGGUAGGAGGCAAAAGUCGGAUAUUCUUAGCAGAUCCUCACCAUGGUACGUGACAGGCUUCCAACCCCAUGUUGAAAAGGGGGGGGGUCUCCUGGUUCUAAGGAAUUUAGAAAGCAAAGCCUGCUGAUUGUUUCAUGCUUCCUUCCUCUUUUAAAAAAAAUGUUGAAAGUUUAAAAUCCUUUAGAUAGUGGAAUUUUUUUAAUGACCUGUUCCUUUAAGGUAUAGAAGCUUUAUUUGCAUAUUUAUUUCAUAUCUUGAUAUUUUUUUUCCACGUAAACUUGAAGAGGGUAGGCACACAGCAGCGCCUGUCAUCCCCAAGUCCCCAAGGAGGCUCUGUUGAGAAACUGUUGCGUGUACAGAUUUUAUUUAUGCAUAAUUUAAUGGGAUCUGUAAAUACUUCUUAUGACUUUUUGAGAAAUGGGAUUCGAUUUUAAUAUUGACUUUUAUGGUGAUGGAUGACAUAGCACCUCUAGAUUUUAUGCAUAGGCACACAGGGUAUUGAGACUGAACCUGAUCGGGACUGAUCAAGCACUGUGUCUCGUUCCUUCGGGCUGAACCAGAAGAGUAGAGUAGAGUUUGUGUGGGUGAAGUGUGGAUUGCAA